CUGAAAAUCAUUGGUCAUCACAAAAACACAAUCAAGUCAGCUAAUAAAUUUGACAGACAGAAAAUCUGGGGAGUAAUAUACCACCCUGCAUGCAGGAUUUCCAAAUAAAGCAAUGCAGAUGAUCCUACUAAAUUGUGUCCUAAGCUGUGUGGAACAACAGUAACAGCAAAAGGGUUGCAACCUUGUGCAGGAAGCAGUUGACUGGUAUUAGCUAGCAGGUGUAAGUCAGGUUAAAGUACACCAGCAGGAGGAUGGCACAGGCUGGCUAAAUGUGAUUAUGACAAUAAAGUACAAGGAAGGCAUUAUUCCCAAUCAAAUGGAUCAAGUUAAUAAGUAAUUCCAGGAAGUUACCAAGGUUCUUUAAAAUGCUAAGUAGAUAGAAACAGAUGAAAAAUACCUUACGGUACGACACAAAGGCCAACCAAAGACUUGUCCAGCAUCAACAUGAAUGAAAAGAGCACCGUUUCACCAAACCGUCCAUCGAGAUGCCCUGAUAAUACUGCAUAUAAACAACAGAGACUCCCAGCCUGGAAGCCCCAGCUCACCCCAGAGCUUGUCCUCCCCAGUUUCUUUAUCAUUAGCCUCUUCUGCCUUGUGAUGGGAAUUGUACUUCUAUUGGCUGCAACAGGAGUCAAAGAAAUAAAGAUUAAUUAUUCUGAGUUAUGCUCACAUUGUUCAAAGCUGCGUGAAAACUCAUCCAACUGGGAGAAGGAAUGCCUGUGUAUCACCAACUUCACACUUCAGGAAAGCAUGCAGGGUGAUGUCUUCAUGUACUAUGGAUUGCAUAAUUUUUAUCAGAACCAUCGUCGCUAUGUCCUUUCCAGAAGUGAUGCACAACUAUUGGGUCGGAAGGCAAACAUUCAGAACAGCAAUUGUGUACCUUUUGCAACUUAUGAAAACGGGACACCUAUAGCUCCAUGUGGUGCAAUUGCAAACAGUAUGUUCAAUGACACAAUACAGCUGUUCUACUAUCCUGCUUCUGUAAAGGCUGUCAGAGUCCCACUUCUGAAGCAAGGAAAUGCCUGGUGGACAGAUAAAAAUGUGAAAUUUCACAAUCCAGCUGCACACAACUUGUCUUCUGCAUUUGAUGGCACGGCAAGACCACAUUACUGGCAAAAACCAGUAUAUUUAUUAGAUGAAGAAAACCAAGAGAACAAUGGCUACACAAAUGAAGACUUUAUCAUCUGGAUGCGUGUAUCAGCCUUUUCUACAUUCAAGAAUCUUUACUGUCGCGUCAGCCACACCAGGCAGUUUGCAAAUGGGCUCCCAGCAGGGAUGUAUGGGCUCCAAAUAUCCUAUAAUUUCCCAGUUUCAAAGUUCAAAGGAGAAAAGCAGGUGGUCUUCUCAACAGUAACAUGGAGUGGAGGAAGAAAUCCUUUUCUGGGGAUAGCUUACACGGUUACUGGUGCAGCGACUCUGCUGGCAAGUUGUAUCAUUACAGUAGCUCACUUGAAAUCCAGGGGGAAACCCAACAAGGGACUAUAGGACGAUUCCCUUUACUUGAUGAAGUUAAAAAUACAAGUGCCCUGCAAAGCCAGAGACCAGAAAUGAGAGAUACCUAAAUUUCCUUCCUGAUUCUCAGCACACCAUCAUCGCCCUUAAACCAGGACUCCAAAAGACAGUUUUGGAUUUGGGAACCUUGUUUAAAGGCAAAUGAUGCUUUGCUAAAAUCACUCUGCAGAUGGAACACGGAUGGAGUGGCAAACCAUGGUUUACACAGAACACAGGUGGAAGUUUAGAAACCGUAAUAUGCAAAGGAAGGAGUCUGUGAAGUCUCGGCUCAUGCAGCAAUGGGCUGAGUUCCUGUCUGAAUUCAUCUAGUACUUAGUAUAAUGAAUGCUUGGCUAGGAACUGCGCCAGUACAUUUGGUCUGAUGAAUGUUUACAGCUAGGUUAAAAGUUCACACAAGUUCUCAGGUAACAGCCAUGUGGAUCCCUGGCCUCUUGCACAUCCUCUGCAGCAGUGACUCUGUUCCCGAAAGUGUCAUAGGCAGAACAGCACGUUGCAAGAAAUGUAGAGUUUAAAAAGGAAGAAACUGUCAGUGUAAGUAGUGUUACGCAUGAAUCUGCUCAUUAAAAUGUCUAUUUCCAUUAAUUCAUCUUUCGUAUUGAAAACUCUGUACCAAAAUUAUAUACAGCUUUCCCAAAUACUGGCCUCUGUGAGAUUAAAGAGUGAUUUAUUUCGCAGCAUGCAGUGCCAUUUAUACACUUCAUGAGAUAAAGCAGUAAAUGGCAUCACAGCCAGCUGCCACCAAGAGGGAAUUUUAAAAAGCGCCAGGCAACGUCAAAUUAGAAUUAAAGCAAAAACGUUGCAGUUAAAUCCCUCUUGUAAGAAAUACUCUCCGGAUUUUAAUGACAAGGAAGUAUUAAUGACAAGGAAGGAGACAUGCUGGGUUUUCUUGGUGCAAAGUUGUGGGGCUUUAGCUCCAUAUGCGCUGUGCAUUCUAAGUUAGUCUUGUGCUAUAUAAUUCUCAGCAUAGUGGUUAAGAGUGUCAGAGCAGAGCUGCUGGAUCCAUUCUGCCCCAGCAACCUGUCGCCCAGUAGCCAGCCAAAUGCUUCCAAGAAGCCCCCAUGAAGACGACAGCCCCCACACUAUGCUAUUUGUGAUCAACUCCC